UUCUCCCUUUUUCUUCCCCCCCCCACACCCCCUUGCACCUCAAAACGUUCGCGUUCGUCCCUUUCCACCAAACAAUCCUGCGCGACAAGCAUCCCCGAGCGGCAGUCAAAGAUGAAUCCCGAAUAUGACUAUUUAUUCAAACUGCUGCUGAUUGGAGAUUCUGGCGUUGGAAAGUCUUGUCUGCUGCUUCGCUUUGCAGACGACACGUACACGGAGAGUUACAUCAGCACCAUCGGCGUGGACUUCAAGAUCCGGACCAUCGAGCUGGACGGGAAGACCAUCAAACUGCAAAUUUGGGACACGGCCGGCCAGGAGCGCUUCCGCACCAUCACGUCCAGCUACUACAGAGGCGCGCACGGCAUCAUCGUGGUGUACGACGUCACCGAUCAGGAGUCGUUCAACAACGUGAAGCAGUGGCUCCAGGAGAUCGACCGCUACGCCAGCGAGAACGUCAACAAGCUGCUGGUCGGCAACAAAUGCGACCUGACCACCAAGAAAGUGGUGGACUACACCACGGCCAAGGAGUUUGCCGACAGCUUGGCCAUCCCCUUCCUGGAGACCAGCGCCAAGAGCGCCACCAACGUGGAGCAGGCCUUCAUGACCAUGGCGGCCGAGAUCAAGAAGCGGAUGGGCCCCGGCGCCGCCGCCGCAGCCGCCGCCGACAAGUCCAACGUCAAGAUCCAGAGCAGGCCCGUCAACACCUCGUCCGGAGGCUGCUGCUGAUCGCACGGACCGUGACGCCGGACCCGUGGCCGUGGGAGGAGCUUCCACGGCCCCUCCCCCCCCCUAGUGUAAAUAUGUGCUGCCGCGUACUAGCGUGAUGCUAACCAGCCAGCGUGUGCUCGCUCCAUCGUGGCCCCCCGGCCAUCUGUAAAGUGUAUAUAUUUAUACAUGACACAAAAGUCCAUUAAAACAUGAAGGAGCUGUUUGAUACC